CGCACACUUCUAGAUCUCUUACAAUUCCUCGCUCAGGAUGUCCCAACCCAUCGCCCUACUUUCAGUGUACGACAAAACUGAUCUGCUGGACUUCGCCAAGGGUCUUCACGAUGCUGGUGUCCGAUUAUUAGGAUCUGGAGGAACAGCAAAGAAAAUAAGAGACGCAGGGAUCCCUAUCGAGGACGUAUCAGACAUCACCAAAGCCCCAGAAAUGCUAGGCGGGCGCGUCAAAACGCUUCACCCUGCCGUACACGGUGGAAUCCUCGCACGCAACAUUCCAUCGGACUCAGAGGACCUCAAAGCGCAAAACAUCUCUCCAAUCUCCAUCGUCGUCUGCAACCUCUACCCAUUCACCGAAACGAUCGCCAAGCCAAACUGUACCCUCGCAGAUGCAGUUGAGGAAGUCGAUAUUGGUGGGGUGACGCUUCUCCGCGCUGCAGCCAAAAACCACGAGCGCGUCUCUGUCCUCUCCGAUCCAAAAGACUACAAGACCUUCCUCGGCGCGUGGAAAGAUGGGCAAGGAGACGUGGGGCAAGGACUGAGAGCUUCUCUUGCGCUGAAGGCAUUCGAGAUGACCGCGCGGUACGAUGAGGCGAUCAGCGGAUAUUUCAGGGAACAGUACGCUAGCGCCGAGUUGCCUGCUGAGAAACUGGCUGGGCGAGUACAGAGAAUCGCAUUGAGGUAUGGUGCGAAUCCGCAUCAGAAGCCUGCGCAAGCGUAUGUUACUGAGGGGGAGCUUCCAUUCAAAGUGUUGAGCGGGUCACCUGGAUACAUCAACCUCCUCGACGCGCUCAAUUCCUACGCUCUGGUCAAAGAGCUCCAAGAAGCCCUUGAUCUCCCGGCCGCCGCGUCCUUCAAGCACGUCUCACCGGCUGGUGCGGCCGUCGGCGUCGAGCUCACAGAGACGGAGAAAAAAGUUUACGGAGUCGACGACCUCAAGGAACCUUUGACUCCACUUGCUUCUGCGUAUGCUAGAGCGCGAGGUGCGGAUCGCAUGUCCUCCUUCGGCGACUUUAUCGCCCUUUCGGCUCCAUGCGACCUCGCUACUGCACGCAUCAUCUCGCGCGAAGUGUCCGAUGGGAUUAUUGCGCCUGGAUAUGCCGAUGAGGCGCUCGACGUGUUGAAGAAGAAGAAGGCCGGGAAAUACUGUGUUCUUCAGAUCGAUCCAAACUAUGUCCCUCCCAGCAUCGAGACGAAGCAGGUGUACGGAAUCCAUCUCCAGCAAAGGAGGAACGAUUGUAAGAUCGAGUCUUCCCUCUUCCAGAAUAUCGUCACCAAGAGCAAGGAGCUCCCAUCAAGCGCAGUCACAGACCUCAUCGUCGCCACACUCGCUUUAAAAUAUACACAAUCCAACAGCGUUGCAUACGCCUUUCAUGGAUCUAUCAUCGGCAUCGGGGCAGGCCAACAAUCGCGCAUCCACUGUACCCGUCUCGCAGGCGGGAAAGCCGAUCUCUGGUGGCUCCGCCAUCACCCACGCGUCCUCGCUCUCCCCUUCAAAAAAGGAGUAAAACGCGCAGAGAAGGCCAACGCCAUUGACCUGUUCGUCAGCGGAGAAGUGCUGGAGGGCGGGGAGAAGGAACAGUGGGAGUCCUUGUUCGAGGGCGAGGUGUUAGCGUUGGAGGAGGAGGAAAAGAAGGAGUGGGCGAGUAAGUUGGAUGGGGUUGCGUGUUCUAGCGAUGCGUUCUUCCCGUUCCCGGAUAAUGUGCAUCGUGCACGGAAGAGCGGGGUGAGGUACCUUGCGGCGCCGAGUGGGAGUGUUAUGGAUGAGGAGUGCGUCAAGGCGGCGGAUGAGCAUGGGAUUGUGUUUGCGCAUACGUCGUUGAGGUUGUUCCAUCAUUAAUUAAAGGGUAAAGUGGGGACGAGCUAAACAGAGGAAACAAGGGAAUGUAUUUGUGUUAUUUUGGUUGUUUUUAUGAAUGAUCUAUUUGAUCAAG